UCGCGUCACAGUGUCAACAUGGCGUCUGUCUGCCGGACAAAAGGCGAAGCUGUCUGACGGCGGAUUGAAACCCAAUUAGAAGCAGGGGGAGACAUUUUGGGAAAAGCGUAGCAGUGGCCGGGUCUGUGCGCUCCGAGGCGGCGGAUAUAUGCUCACACCAACAUCUGUGGAGGCUCUCGGACUGGACUAAGGAUGUUCCAGCAGAGUGAGGAGCCUCGCUUCACCAUCGAACAGAUCGAUCUCCUCCAGAGGCUGCGGCGGACCGGCAUCACUCAGGUGGAGGUCCUCCACGCCCUGGACACCCUCGAUCACCUGGACCGGCAGAAUGGCCACAAGCAGGCCCGCAAAGCUUCCUACCUGCCGCCUUCGUCUUCCCUGUCUUCCUCCAACUCCGUCUCGGCCUCCUCGUCCACCACGUCCGCCUCCACUCAGACGGCGUUCCCCGACAACCGGCUCUCCGUGUCGCCCGGCGACAACUUGGACGCCGCCUCCCCGCCUCUGCCGGUCCAGACGGCCUCGCCGGUCGUCGUCCAGAACGGCCUCGCCGCCGCCGUGGCCAACGGGAAGCUGUCGCCGCCUCGGUUCCCGCUGGCGGUGGUUAGCGGCAGCGUGAGCGCGCCGGGCUUCGGGUUCGAGGCCAGCGAGGAGGACCUGGACCUGGAGGAUAAAGUGGAGUUCCUGAUGAGGAGGGACAGCAGCGUGAUCAAAGAGGAGAUCAAGUCCUUCCUGGCGAACCGGCGGAUCUCCCAGGCUGUGGUCGCUCAGGUGACCGGGAUCAGCCAGAGUCGGAUCUCACACUGGCUCCUGCAGCAGGGCUCGGACCUCAGCGAGCAGAAGAAACGGGCCUUCUUCCGCUGGUACCAGCUGGAGAAGACAAACCCCGGCGCCACCUUGGCCAUGCGAGCCGCCCCGCUGGCUCUGGAGGACGUGAUGGACUGGCACCAGACCCCGCCCCCGUUCACCUCCGCCCCCGGGGGCUUCCGGCUGAGGCGAGGCAGCAGGUUCACCUGGAGGAAGGAGUGCCUGGCCGUCAUGGAAACCUACUUCAGUGAUAACCAGUAUCCCGAUGAAGCAAAGAGGGAGGAGAUCGCCACCGCCUGCAACGCUGUCAUUCAGAAGCCAGGGAAGAAGCUGUCCGAUCUGGAGAGGGUGACGUCUCUCAAGGUCUACAACUGGUUCGCCAACCGCCGUAAGGACAUCAAGAGGCGCGCCAACAUAGAAGCAGCCAUCUUGGAGAGCCAUGGCAUUGAGGUUGAGAGUCCAGGAGGUCAGUCCAACGGCGACGAGGUGGACGGCAACGACUUCCCCGACCAGGGCUGUGACGUGUCCCUGUUCGACAAGAGGGCCUCGGCCAGGCCGUUCGGCUUCAGCCGAGCGGACCUGUCCUCUCCAACCCAGGUCCCGCCGCAGCUUCCCAGCUGGUUCUCUGCCCUGGCUAGGGGAGGCACGUCCGGGCAGCGGGCCUCGCUGAUUGGCCGCUCCCUCGUGUCAUCGGGGUCAGGCCCUCAGGCAGAAGGGUCCAGAAUGACGGGCGCGUCCUGGUCCCCCCCGUCCCCGUCCCUCCAGGACGACUCCGGCCUCCACGGCGCGCUGUCCGAACCCCAGGACCCGGUGAGCUCAGAGAAGACGGCCGCCAGCCGCAGCAGCCCGGCCUCGGCCAAUCAGCCGGAGGGAGCGGGAUGCAUCGUGGGGAGUCAGAUCAAGAUGGAGAGCAUGGAGGAUGACUGACAGGUGUCAUGACCAGGUGUCCAUUAUAUGCAAGCAGAUUUUAUAGGAAUGUUAUAAGUGAACAAAAAGACCAAACGUGUAAACUCCAACCCUGAGAUACCUCCCAACCCUACCUCCAACCACCAACCUACUCUGCUACACUCGUAUAGCUGUUAAUAGUGUAACAUGAUCAAAAUGACAAACCUUUCUACGUUAGUCGUCUCUGGUGAUCUGUGGAAGAUUCAAAUCUGGCAUCUUUAGUAGAGAGCCCGCAGAGAAAGCUCCCUGCUUCCACCCUCAGCUCCGCCGCGCCCAGGGAACCCGCCGGAGCGGCCCCAGAACCCUUUCUCUGUUCGUUUCUUCCACUUGGAGACGGUUUAAAUCUUCCACAGAUGGCUGUCGAACAGGACACGAAGCCUCGCGCAGGUUCCCACGGAGGACCGCACCGCUCGCAGCAGGGCCACGCUGGACUCGGCUUGGGAAUCAAAAUGCUUUCAGGGUCUUGCACUGUGAUCUCAACUGAACAGCCUCAGUGUAUAGGAAUAUAACAACGAGCUUCGUGUUUUUUCCUUUUUUUUUUCUUUUACUGAAUCUUUUUUUAAGGCGUCGUCGCUCGCAUUUCAUAGCAGAUUUCUGGCAGAUGAAUCCGUGUAGGCCCGGAAUAAGCUUAAGGUCGCAAACAUUUCUUUGAGCUGAAGAUGAUUAUAAAACAUAAUCUUCAAAGAAGCAGAAGCAGAAUAAUCCCCUCACAGAAUAAGCUUCCUAGAUAAUGGCUGUAAAAUAUAGGUAUGAAAUUGAAAGAACAUCUUAUUUACCGCGCCUUGGCAACAUCUUCACACUCCUGGAACUGUUUCACAUUGAGUCUCAUUACAGCCGCCGACCUUCAUGUAUUUUAUUGGGGUUUUGGAGGGAUAGACCAACACAGAGCAGCGCAUAAUUGGGAAGUGGACUUUUUUUUAUUACAAGUUAAAAACCCAAAAGUUUGCUUUCAGGCGUCUAUAGUCUGAUACAAAGAAACUAAAAUCCGUUUAGUUGCCUUCAGGAGACACCGGCUUAGUAAACGGAGACGACCUUGGUGGGAUUCAGUGUGAAUCCAGAUGUUGGUGGCUGGAACCAGCAAAAAUGUGAAGAAGUUCAACGGGUGUGAAAACUUUUGCAGGGUCCUGUUAAAAAAAAAAAAAAAAAAAUAGCCAGUGCUAAAAGCUGGCUGUUAAAGUUUAAGCCUUUCUUAACUGACUGCAUUGACACGUUAAAGUUUUAGAGAUGGCUUCCAUGCUUGUCUUUCCAACUUCGGAGUCAGUGCUUUAUGGUUUUUAUUGCGUUCAGUCAGUCUGAGAGACUUUAAGGUGAUUUUGCUUUGGGAAGUGUGUGUUAAUUUUUUUUUAUCUUUUAUAAUGCACUGCUUAACGUGCCCACCAGAAACUAAAACGGGAAUUUAAACCGCAUAAAUGCAGCUGCUUGGUAAGCAGAGCAGAGUAUUUUAACGCUACAAAUGUGCUGGUAUUUCUGAACGCCGUGUCCGGCAGGCGUACAACCUCAGUAUUCACUUCUUAGAUUUCGAUCGCGAUCCAAAGGAAGCCAAAACCACCGCCGUCUGUAUAUAACAUAGCCAUGUAAAGAGACUUCAGUUUGAUUGGUUAUUAUUUAUUCAUUUGUAUCCAAGAGUGAACGAUCACUGUGAGAUCUACCCCUGAUGUAGAGGAGCCGGUCAGGAUGCGUCCGGCCGGUUUAGAAACUAGAAACGAAAGUGUGCUGAAGACGUACAGUCGUGGUAAAAAACCCACAACUGUACGUCUACUAUGUAAGUAAGUGUGCACACACCCAUAUGGUAUACUUUAUAUAACAUUAUAUAAACAUCUAAGCAUCUAUUGAGAGGAACUAUCAGCCUGAAUGAGUGCUGUCGCUGCGAGGUGUGUGGAAUAUUAGCCAAAAGAUUGAGUUUUAUUAUUUGUGUAUUGCUGAAAUGUGUUAUAGUCAUGGUUGGCUCUAUACGACCGGGAUAUGCUAAUCAAAGGCACAUCAGAUGUGUCAACUAAUCAUGUGAAUUAUGUCAUCUUCCUUCUUAUUUUUUUUUUAUUUAGGUAUAUCUGUGCUUCCGUUGGAUAUGCCAUGUGUUUUAAACACAUACUGCCACAUAUUACUUGUAUUUUAUGGUUUUAGUGACACUUUAUUGAAUACCAUGGUGCUUAGAGUCCCUGCUGUUAGUAACUUUUACUUAUCACAUGGAGUGACUGAUGGGCCAGAGCAGCAGCAGCAGCCGCAGCAGCAAAAGGAGAAAAAUACUAAUCUAACUACACUGACAAGCAUUCUUUGUUUCUUAGGAACAAAAAAGGUGUUUAGAAAAAAAUUAUAAAUUCAAAAGAUGUCUGACCGUACAGCCAUUGUAGAUAUCCCUCGUGCUUUUUAGCUUUUUGUCAAUCAUUUAGUCCGUUUGUACUGAAUGUACCGAUUUACUUAUUUAAAACCAUAGCUCUCCUGCAUUUUUAUUUAUGACCAACAGGGGGCAUUUGUAGUUGCAGUCUUCCUAGGCCCAGUGGGGAUGACUAAGAAUGUCGGGGUGACACACCGAAGGCUACAGGAGGAUGUUAUUUAUGGCGUCCCGGUAUAAACGUAUCUGGGUGCAGGAGGGACGCUGAUUAUUCAGUAGUGAAACACCGUGAAGGAGAAAAAUAACAACGUUGACUCUUAACGCGAGGGAAGAGGCGUAGGGCUCGCUUAGAUUGGUGCAACUCGGUGCAGUACCGCCCCCUUGUGGUAGCACAGAAUUGGAGGAAACAAGUGGGGAAAAUAAUAGCUGAAGUUGUGGAUGCCAUGUGAGGAGGUCAAGGUGUCCAGGCUAACGCUGUUAGCUUGUUGCGCUGCAGCUGUGCUGGUACAUUAACGCAGAGAGACCUUAGUCAGCAACACACAAGAUAUGUGAUCUGAAUCUUCAAAGGCAACUUGGGUCAGAUGGAGCUUUGGCGUCCCCUGACUACUCACCUCCCACAUGUUGGGCAGGAUUUAUUCCAGGUUGUUUCCCAGUAACCUUUAAACCGAGGGCGGCGCCUCGCUGUGGAUCUGUUUCUCAGACAACUGAGAGUAGACAACGGAGGCUACAAACACGAGCACUUUACAGACUACAUGCCAUAACCGGAGGAAGAUCAGCACCACCAGUGACCCCCUCAGCGUCAUACCCUAAAACCUGCUGGCUUUACACCAGUGGCUUUAGCAUUGCAGCCGUUCAGGUCUCACCUCCUGCCCGGGCUUUUUACAUGACUGCGUGGGAGCAUGCAGGAGCAAAGUGCAGCAGCACCACGUUAGCUGGAAGUCAAUAGCGGGGAUACAUAAGGCUCUGUGUGUUGCCUUUGUUUUUUGGGUCUGGGUUCUGUGCUGUGGAACAACAGGUACCACAUGCUGGGCCUCUUUUCCUUUGAGACAAACACUAACUCUCCCAGAAAUAGCUCAGCGUGGGUUAGUGCAGGGUUUAUGUAAUAACAAAUAAACUCGAUAGGCUAAAACAUUUCAGAAAUGUUCAUCCGGGACAAUUGUACAACAAUUUUAUUCGGUGAAAGACUUUAUUAGAGUGGAAGCAACAUAGUGUUUCGGAUAAUUUGAUCUGAACUUCACGCAAGGUAAAGUAAUAUUAUGUAAAAGACCAAAUAAAUGGGCUAUAAAAUGUUAAACUGUGUCAACCUCACCUGGUGUGACAGUUUGAACUCUAGGCGGUGCUUCAUAGAAACCUAGUGGCCUUUAAACGGUGCGGGUUGUUUCUGGCUGCAUCUUUAAUGAAGCUUCUCAACCAACAGCACUGACAUUGAGUCAAUGCACAAAUGGCUUGUUGUAGCCGAGCUAUUGUAUGAUAAUAGGGCUUGCCAUAUCACCAGACACCCCAACUGCUCAGUGCUGAAUGAAAACAAGCGCUAACUUCCCAUCAGGAGACUUCCCAACCAUUCUUGCAGUGGUUGGGUGUGGUCCGCUUUAGGUAGCAGCUUCAUCUACUCACGUUGUUAUAUCUAUUUGGCUUCUAUUUUUUUUUUAUAUAGUUUAAAAUGAUAAGCCAUGAAUUUAAACUAGUUCAUAGUAAACUGGAAACAAACCAGUUUGUUUGUGGGGAAAAAUGCUAAUUUCUAUUAGGGAUGCACUGAUCAGUUAGCCCAAGGUCAGAAUCGGCCAAUUUUCUGAUCGAGUGUGCAUCAUCAGUAUCAAGAACUCCUGCUACUUAUAUAUAUAUAUAUAUAUAUAUAUAUGAACAAAACCUACUGCAUGUACUUUAAUGCACUUUUUGUAUUUAGCAUAAAUUAGAAGCUACAGAAAGAAAGGAUAGUGUUAAUAUUCCUUCAUUUUCAGUUUAAAAUGGCAACCUCUAUCAAAGAAACUUCACUACAUUUUUGUCUUCUGUGUCGUGGCCUUUGGAAUAAAAAAAAAAUCUGAAUGGUCCAAUACCGGGAUCAAAACUGGAAAUCGGUGCAUUUCCAGUUUAAACAAGUCAUAGUUGUGUAAUUCUGUUAAGACUAUAUGAUGUUGUGGAUAAGGUCCUCUAGAAUGGCUGUACAUUUAAAGCAGUACAUCGCUGGUUUUCAGCAUCUUCAGAUACCUCAGUCACUCCCCUUCAGCUGUGAGCUACGCCCCACGGCUUCCUCCGCUGCUGCUUCCAGCUCUUAGGCUGUCAAAGGACAGAAACCGAUCAGAGAACAGUCUCGCUGCCAGCAAGCUGUGACAAAGUUCUUUAGAGAAAAAAAAAAAGAUACAUGUGGUGAGGGAAACUGCUUCUCAAACUAGAUUCAAUGCAUAGAAAAGCUGAAUGUAAAGGGAAGCUCUACUCCACAAAGGAGAUUAACUUCAUGUGUUCGCCAUGAAAUGUUUGAAUCCUUCCUAAUUUGGGGAUUUUAAACCCAAAUCUUCAGUGUUUUGAUGGAUUGUUUCCAUUUUAUUUGUGUGACAGCAGAGCUGUCUCCGUGUCUUUGCUUUAAGCUUCAGUGGCAUUAUCGGUGAUGUAGCUCUCCGUCAUUCUUUUUCUUAUUUACACCAAAAACUCGUUAUGUUUGAAUCUGCUUAGCAGAAACCUUUGUGAAAGGAAGCUAUAGGUUAGUUUAGGAGAGCCUGCUGUCAUGAGAUUAUUGCAGCGUUUAAAUCCCCUCGUUUGCUGCCUGCGCGGCAGAUCUGCUGGGUCUGGUGUUGCCAUUUAGAAAUUAUUUUAAAGGUUUUUAAGGACAUGUACUGUAUGUUAGAAACAGGAGGGGACAACAUGAACAGGGGCGGAGGCAACUGUUUUUAAAACCAGAUUUUGCCUCUUUUUUUUUUCUCUUUCUCUUAAAAACCAGUGGUUCACAGGAGCAUGUCACCAGGAGUCAUUCGUUCAGGAAACACUGCGGCGUUGCAUAAAGACAAAUUACUGAUUUAUUUGCCAGUAUUUGAAAUAAGCUAUCCCUCCCCCACGCCCCUAAUGUUUCGUACCUGCAGUCUCUUCUGUUGUUUCCGUCCUGUUGAUUUAGGUUCUCGUUGUGUCCUGAUUACCUCUCUUUGUGCCAGAACGUGUGACAUAAUCACUCGGAGAUGUUCUGAAAAGAAAACCCAGUACCACAGCUUUGCUCUUCCAGUUCUGUCUGAUCCGCCUCAGCGUGUGUGUGGAGUCCUGGAUGCAGUUUAACGGCUGCCUUCACCCACGUCUUUUAACCGUGUUUAUUUCUGAUCCUUACUAUUCAGAUGAAAACAGCUGGGUAAUAUCUUUCAUGUAGAUGCCAUUCGCUGCGUACGCUCCAGCCUUAACAUUCUCAUCCCACCAUCCAGGGACUGGAAACGCUACUUUAAAACAAACACCUCCUCCAGCUGUUUAACAGUGAUGGUUGUCCCAUCGUUCUGGCAAUAAGCUCUUCAAUAAAUCUCUGUAAAACAAAUAUCAAACCUCAACUGGAUGGGUGUUGGAUCAGUUUUUUUUUUUUGUGUUUUCUUUUUAAAUCUCCCCUUGUUCAUCAUUUCUAUUUCAAGAUUUAGUGCCUUUUUUGGACGAGUAGACUGUUGUGUAAAUGCUAUGUAGAAAAAAAAAAAUCUACAUAUGCCUUUUGUUACUUUUUCAUCUGUUCGAUAAACCUUGAUUUGUUAUUUUUAAGGUGUGUUUUUAUCGAUAUUCUAUUUACAAGGGAAUAAAAGCUGAUCAGACUCGA